AGUAUUUGUCAUCGAAUAUUCAGAAGCAAAAACAAAGCCAAAAGGGGCGGACGUAAAGCGCUCGCAGCAGCAACAACAACUUAAACACAAGUGGCAGUGUUUGUUGGUGUCGGCAGAGAGGAAGAUAGCGUUUCGUUCGCGUAUAUACAUAUACAUAUACAUAUAAAUAUAUAUAUAUAUAUAUAUGUAUGUGUGCGUGUGAAAGAGAGACCAAGAGAAUAACAUUCACAAUCAAUUUGAUAACUAAAAAACGUAACAGUGCCGCAGCAGUACCAGCAGCAGAGUGCAAAGCAGCCGUGCAGCAAACAUUGAGCAGCGGCCAGUGGCAGAGGCUGAGGCGUAGGCGUCGUCUUCGUCUUCGUCUUCGUAGCUAAGCGCUGUUCACGCAGCAACAGCAAUUAACUGUUAAACGUUACAACAAAACACUUUGUGAUCGUGCUUAAACGGGAGCCAGAGAGAAAAAAAAGAUAGUGAGAGAGAGAGAGAGAAAGAGAGAGAGGGACAGUCAACUAACAAGAGCCAACCGUCUUCGUCAACGUCACCAUGGACAACUUAAUCCCGAUCGUCAAUAAGCUGCAGGAUGCAUUCACAUCGCUGGGGGUGCACAUGCAAUUGGACUUGCCACAAAUUGCCGUCGUUGGUGGACAGUCGGCUGGCAAGAGUUCGGUGCUGGAGAAUUUCGUGGGCAAAGACUUUCUGCCUCGAGGUUCGGGCAUUGUGACGCGCAGGCCUUUGAUUUUGCAGCUGAUCAACGGCAUUACCGAAUAUGGGGAAUUUCUGCAUUGCAAGGGGAAGAAGUUCUCGAGCUUCGACGAGAUACGCAAGGAGAUCGAGGACGAGACAGAUCGUGUAACGGGCAGCAACAAGGGCAUCUCAAACAUUCCGAUUAAUUUGCGCGUCUAUUCGCCGUACGUGCUCAACUUGACGCUGAUCGAUUUGCCCGGCCUGACCAAGGUGGCGAUCGGUGAUCAGCCGGUGGACAUUGAGCAGCAGAUUAAGCAAAUGAUAUUCCAAUUUAUACGCAAGGAGACCUGUCUGAUAUUGGCCGUAACGCCGGCCAAUACCGAUCUGGCCAAUUCGGACGCACUCAAGCUGGCCAAAGAGGUGGAUCCCCAGGGCGUACGCACGAUCGGUGUCAUCACCAAGCUGGAUCUCAUGGACGAGGGCACCGAUGCCCGUGACAUACUCGAGAACAAGCUGUUGCCGCUGCGACGCGGCUAUAUUGGCGUUGUCAAUCGUUCCCAAAAGGAUAUCGAGGGGCGCAAGGAUAUACAUCAGGCAUUGGCCGCCGAGCGCAAGUUCUUCCUCAGCCAUCCCUCGUAUCGGCAUAUGGCCGAUCGUUUGGGCACACCCUAUUUGCAGCGUGUCCUCAAUCAACAGCUGACCAAUCACAUCCGGGACACAUUGCCCGGCUUGCGCGACAAACUGCAAAAGCAGAUGCUAACACUGGAGAAGGAGGUCGAGGAGUUCAAACAUUUCCAGCCGGGCGAUGCCAGCAUCAAGACAAAGGCCAUGCUGCAAAUGAUCCAGCAGCUGCAGUCGGACUUUGAGCGCACCAUCGAGGGCAGCGGUUCCGCUCUGGUCAACACAAACGAACUGUCCGGCGGUGCCAAGAUCAAUCGCAUAUUCCACGAGCGGCUUCGCUUUGAGAUCGUGAAGAUGGCCUGCGAUGAGAAGGAGCUGCGCCGCGAGAUCUCGUUUGCCAUACGCAACAUACACGGCAUACGCGUGGGCCUCUUCACGCCGGACAUGGCCUUCGAGGCGAUUGUCAAGCGUCAGAUAGCUUUGCUCAAGGAGCCCGUCAUCAAGUGCGUGGAUCUAGUCGUACAGGAAUUGUCCGUGGUUGUGCGCAUGUGCACAGAUAAGAUGAAUCGCUAUCCGCGUCUGCGCGAGGAAACGGAACGCAUCAUUACCACGCAUGUGCGCCAGCGCGAGCAGCGCUGCAAGGAGCAAAUCCUUUUGCUCAUCGACUUUGAGCUAGCCUACAUGAAUACCAAUCACGAGGAUUUCAUUGGCUUUGCCAACGCUCAGAAUAAAUCGGAGAAUGCAAAUAAGACCGGCACCCGACAGCUGGGCAACCAGGUCAUACGCAAGGGUCAUAUGGUUAUACAGAAUCUGGGCAUCAUGAAAGGCGGCUCGCGUCCUUAUUGGUUUGUGCUAACAUCGGAGAGCAUCUCCUGGUACAAGGACGAGGAUGAGAAGGAGAAGAAAUUCAUGUUGCCGUUGGAUGGUUUGAAAUUGCGCGAUAUUGAACAGGGCUUUAUGUCAAUGUCUAGACGUGUUACAUUUGCUUUAUUCAGUCCCGACGGACGUAAUGUUUAUAAGGAUUACAAACAACUGGAGCUGUCCUGCGAGACGGUCGAGGAUGUGGAAUCGUGGAAGGCAUCAUUCCUGCGCGCCGGCGUCUAUCCCGAGAAGCAAGAGACCCAGGAGAAUGGCGACGAGGAAGGACAAGAGCAAAAAUCGGCCAACGAGGAGAGCUCUACGGAUCCACAAUUGGAACGGCAGGUGGAGACCAUUCGCAAUCUAGUCGACUCGUACAUGAAGAUCGUCACGAAGACCACACGGGAUAUGGUCCCGAAGGCCAUUAUGAUGCUGAUCAUCAACAAUGCCAAGGACUUUAUCAACGGCGAACUGUUGGCCCAUCUCUAUGCCUCCGGUGAUCAGGCACAAAUGAUGGAGGAAUCCGCCGAGUCGGCAACACGGCGCGAGGAAAUGCUGCGCAUGUAUCGCGCCUGCAAGGAUGCCCUGCAGAUAAUUGGUGACGUUUCGGUGGCAACUGUAUCCUCACCCUUGCCGCCGCCCGUUAAGAACGAUUGGCUACCAAGCGGCCUGGAGAAUCCGGGUCUAUCGCCGCCCAGUCCCGGCGGCCCGCGCAAGCCAGCACCCACCGCACAGGGCUCGUUGGGCGGCCGCAAUCCGCCAUUGCCCCCGGCAACUGGACGUCCCGCGCCGGCCAUACCGAGCCGCCCCGGCGGCGGUGCACCUCCGCUGCCCGGCGGUCGGCCAGGCGGAGCUCUGCCACCCCCGUUGCUACCCUCACGUCGCUAAGUUGUCAGCCACAGCCACAAGGCAUUUACUCUCUCUAACUCCACACUCUCUCUCGCUCUCUUACAAAAAUUAACUAACCAAAAUGCUUUCGCUUAAAUCAACCAACAAACCGAACAACUCAACUCAACCAAUCGAUCCGUUCCGAUCCGAUCCGAUUAGCCAAUUGAACCGAAACCCUUAAGUGCAGGCUCGUGUGCUCUCGCUCUCGCUCGCGCUCGCGCUCUCUUAGCAUAAAAGGGGGGGGCGGCUGCCGUCACCCAAGCAAAAGCUCGCUCAGUGAAAAGCAACAACAACUACUUACAGCAACAACGAUGUCGACUAGAACUAUGCAAAGAACGUUAAAUAUUUAAA